CGUGAAGGCCGCGUCUGAGCGCGGGAAAGUCCUCCCCCCGGGCCCGUUACCCUUUCGGUUUCCACGCGAGACGCCAGAAGAGGAGAGAAAAGGGACCAGCCCCUAUUAGAUUGGAAGGACAGGCGAUUCUGGAAUGGAGGUUGGCGUCCUGGUCUCCCCCUAAAGAGGGGAAUGGGGCCUCCCUGAUAAUGGGCUGUAGUGUGUGUUGCAAGUCCUCCUGGAAUCAGUUACAAGACCUGUGCCGACUGGCCAAGCUUUCCUGUCCUGCCCUUGGUGUUUCUAAGAGGAACCUCUAUGACUUUGAAGUGGAGUACCUGUGUGAUUAUAAGAAGAUCAGGGAACAGGAGUAUUACCUGGUAAAGUGGCGUGGGUACCCCGACUCAGAGAGCACCUGGGAGCCACGGCAGAAUCUCAAGUGUGUACGCAUUCUCAAGCAGUUCCACAAGGACUUAGAAAGGGAGCUGCUCCGGAGGCACCACAGGUCAAAGGCACCCCGGCAUUUGGACCCAAACUUGGCUAACUACCUGGUGCAGAAAGCCAAGCAGAGGCGGGCACUUCAGCGCUGGGAGCAAGAGCUCAAUGCCAAGCGCAGCCACCUGGGACGCAUCACAGUGGAGAAUGAGGUGGACCUGGAUGGCCCCCCAAGGGCCUUUGUAUAUAUCAAUGAGUACCGUGUUGGCGAAGGCAUCACCCUGAACCAGGUGGCUGUUGGCUGUGAGUGCCAGGACUGUCUGUUUGCACCCACUGAAGGCUGCUGCCCUGGGGCAUCCCUGCACAAGUUUGCCUACAAUGACCAAGGUCAGGUACGGCUGAGAGCUGGGCAGCCCAUCUACGAGUGCAACUCCCGCUGUCGCUGUGGCUACGACUGCCCGAACCGUGUAGUCCAGAAAGGCAUCCGCUAUGACCUCUGCAUCUUCCGCACAGAUGAUGGGCGUGGCUGGGGUGUCCGCACACUGGAAAAGAUCCGCAAGAAUAGCUUUGUUAUGGAGUAUGUAGGAGAGAUCAUUACCUCAGAGGAGGCAGAGCGGAGGGGCCAGAUCUACGACCGCCAGGGUGCUACCUACCUCUUUGACCUGGACUACGUGGAGGACGUAUAUACCGUGGAUGCCGCCUAUUAUGGCAACAUCUCCCACUUUGUCAACCAUAGUUGUGAUCCCAACCUGCAGGUGUACAACGUAUUCAUAGACAACCUUGAUGAGAGGCUACCCCGCAUCGCUUUCUUUGCCACAAGAACCAUCUGGGCAGGCGAGGAGCUCACGUUUGAUUACAACAUGCAAGUGGACCCCGUGGACAUGGAGAGUACCCGCAUGGACUCCAACUUUGGCCUGGCUGGACUCCCUGGCUCCCCCAAGAAACGGGUCCGUAUUGAAUGCAAAUGUGGGACAGCAUCCUGCCGAAAAUACCUCUUCUAGCCCUGAGAAGGCCAGACUGACCAAAGGGGCCUGAAGCACCUGCCUCUCCCCUAAUGAAGUCCUCUUGUCGGGAAUGACCAUCAGAUCCUUGCCUGCCUCCACCUGCUCCCACCUGGUCCACCUGCUCCAGGGUCAGGGCUGUGGUGAGGACUAACUCCAGGUCUCCUUUGUCUGUUUUUUCCCCUGUCACAGCCCCAUCUGUGGGUUGCACUUACAACCCCCACCCCCAUUUUCAUAAGUACAUUUUUCAUAUCAGGAUUUUCUGGAGUUAGGAUUCAUGGCAUAUCAUGGAAGUUCAAGGGGUGAGUUUGAAUCCUGGAACAGGUUUGGACAGGGUCUCUAUGUAGCCCAUGCUGGUAUGGAACUCUCACUGCUCCUGCCUUAGCCUCCUGUGUGCUGAGAGUAUAGGUGUAUACCCAGCUAAGGUGUUCGUUCUUGUAUCUACUUCUGCUUGGAGCCCAUGUGGUCUGUUGCAGGCUUUUCCCCUACUAACCCACCUAAGCAUAUGAAGAAGCAACCACCAGGCAGGGAAACAUCAGAGCUCAGAGCUACCAAACCAACAUGAAGCUGGAUGUACAACCAUAGAACCUUUAUGCUCAUGAAAGAAAAGGGGGUCUCCAAGUUGGGGUCUAAGGCUGGUUUCUGCUCAUUGUGCUUAUGAUGCCAGUUAGUAUUAACCAUAAGACCUAUAGGGUCUCUCAGAGUUGUACAUCUGAGAAGUAGAUGCCCAAGUGCCCUGGAAUGGGGAUGUAACGGAUGCUUAUGACCCACUAGCCAGACCCAUAGGGCUGAGACUUGAAUUUUGCCAUCAUGGACUAAAGAACAUAACUCAGGUUCUCUGGAGUGCUGAGCGUGCUUUAAACCCUGCCCUGGGAUGUGAUGACUGCUGGAACUACUCAAAGCUGGAAUAAAGACCUAGGUAGUCUGUAGAUAGCACUUAGGACAAUAAUGUGUGCUGAUUAGAAGCUGAUGAGGUGCCAGACCUUGGGUAGAGCACCUGGUCCAUGUGGAUUGUCUCAGGGAAGCCUUGAAAAUCACAGAGGUGGAGCCCAGGAAAAGGUCCAUGUGGCAGAAGGCAACGUACAGGCCAAAUGGCUGGGGAGAGGUUACCCACUAGCAUAUGAUGAAGUGAGAGGGAAGCCCUGGCUGCCUGUCAGUCCCAAACCCUUUGCAUUCACCCUGGGUCCACUGGUUUCUAAAGUUAACUGCCUAGAAAUGUACAAAAAGUGAAUAUUUUGGUGGCUGCCUCACCCCCUCCUGCUACCCCCACUCCUGUGAGGUUGUCUCUAGGAAGCCUUUCCUGACUACCUGUGCCCAAGUGCCCCUAUGUGAGACAGUGUACCCUGCUACCAGAUGUCAGAUUGUGUGUGUGUGUAUAUGUGUGUGUGUGUGUGUCCUGCCUGUACUUGCCAGGCUGAUCUUCAUGGACUGAAUCUGGUUUUCUUGUGUACCCUUCAGCCCUACCCAGUCUGGAGUGGAUAUCAAUAAACUGCAUUGUUGACCGAA